AUGGACUUUAAGAAGGUCAUUUGUCAAAUGCUGCUGUUGUUAUUUACCAUACAAAUUUCUACCACGUUUGGUAACCAUGAGGAAGAUUUGUUUAAAUUAACACCAACCAGCGAUAGCCCGGGUUCGCAGUACGAACUCGUAGGUAAUGGUAGAACUUGCGGAAGUAGUUGGUCAAUAAAUACAUAUAUGGAUUUAAAAUUUUUAAAUAACAGUCUUAGAAAUAUUAGGAAAAUGAUAAAAUCAAUUGAACUAAUUGCGUUCAAAGAUAUAUCUAUAACUUUGUAUCAGUUAAAAAAAGCCUGA